AUGGGUGAAGCACCUUCUUUGUCGUUCGACACUCGAACUUUCCAUUGGACUGACGCAAAAUCAAAAGCGAUUACCCGACCCCAGGAUCCCUACAACUACCUGCAAGGUUUUGGCAAUGAACACCAAUCCGAAUUCAUUCCAGGAGCUCUUCCAAUCGGACAGAACUCUCCGCAAAUAUGUCCUUUCGGUCUAUAUGCAGAACAAGUCACAGGCACCUCUUUUGCAGCCUCUCGUUCUCACUCAAUGAGAAAUUUUCUAUAUCGUCGCCGCCCCGCAUGCGUUCACAGCACAUACGAGAAGAUUCCCGACAACCCCACAAUUGAGUCUUCGUUCCUGAAUCCGUCAAAAGAUUUGCACUCCAUUCCCUCACAACUAUCAUGGUCGCCGUUCAAAAUACCAGCAAAAGAAGCUGCCGUUAUCGACUUCACCAAGGGAAUACACACCCUAGGUGGAAGUGGACAGCCAAAUGUUCGGGAAGGGAUUGCAUAUCAUAUAUUCGCAAUCAACAGCAGUAUGAAAAAUACAGCCUUCGUGAAUACCGACGGGGAUUUUUUAAUUGUCGCCCAAGAAGGGCACUUGGACAUUUUCACUGAGUUGGGCCAUAUAUAUCUUCAGCCGUCCGAGAUCUGCGUUAUCCAACAAGGCUUGCGAUUCAAGGUCGACAUCGUUGAGAAGCAUUCUCCCUCUGGUGCCAGGGGGUACAUCAUUGAAACCUGGGGCACAAAAUGGGAACUUCCUGAGCUCGGACCUUUAGGAGGCUUUGGCCUCGCAAACCCAAGAGACUUUCUAUUUCCAACCGCAGACAUCGAUACCAGUUCAAGCGGCCCAUGGAAAAUUGUUUCAAAACAAGAAGGCAGAUACUACGCGAUUUCUCAAGACCAGACUCCCUUCGAUGUUGUAGCUUGGCAUGGAAACUACAUCCCCUACAAAUACGACUUAACCAAAUUUGUUUAUCACAACACAGUCUCGGUAGACCACACGGAUCCAAGCAUCAACACCGUCUUGACAGCCAAGUCUCGAGAUCUGCAUGCACCUCUGUGCGACUUCCUCGUCUUCGGCCCCCGUUGGGAUGUAGCACAGAAUACGUUCCGGCCCCCCUACUUCCACCGAAACUGUGCCUCUGAAUUUCUCGCGCGUAUUUAUGGGCUAGAGGUAGCUGGUGGCCGCUCUGAAGUCUUUGCUCCUGGUGGUGCAAGCUACGAAGCAGGUUUCACACCCCAUGGCAACGCAGAUCAACGCACUAUUGGCGCAAUGCACGUGGAUCUAAAGCCCAUGCGUGUGGGUGAGAAUCAGCUUACAUUUAUGCUUGAGAGCUGCCGUAGCUUGUUGUUCACGAACUGGGCACUCAAAGAUUCUGGCGUUUUGGUGGCGGAGGAUAUUCCUGCUUCAACGUGGGAUACAGUUCCAGAUCGAUUUGGAGAAAACGAAGAGGCGAUCAAGUUUUUGAAGGCCAUGAAUCGGGCAUCAACCUCUCUUGUCAUGUGA